CCACUAUCACUGCCACCACUGCCUACCUACGUACCACUAUCGAUUCUGCACCAUUAUAUGAAUAGCACAGCAGAACAGAUCGAGCAUUACCACGCAUCUUCCAUAACGUCCUCAACCAUCACCCAAACACUUCUCUCUCCCGACCGAACAUUCUCGCCAUUGUUACCCAGGACCACACCCGCGCGUCGCAUCACCCUCUCCGCUGCACACCCGGACUCACACAUACAUACCACACCGGCUGACCAGCACUGCGGGUUUCGACCACAAUGUCAGUGCAGGCCUUGAAAGCCCAAGACCGUCUGGCCCGCAGAGACAGUCACCGAUCCUCCACCUUCAUGCGCAGCGACAGCUACCGGAGAUCCACCCGAGGCAGCGACGGCACCCUAAAUACCAUGACCACGACCAAGACCGACAUCACUGUGCCGCCGGAAUACAGCAAGAAAUUCGUCGUGGUGGGCGAUGGUGGUUGCGGCAAGACGUGUCUGCUGAUCAGCUAUUCACAAGGAUACUUUCCCGAGAAAUACGUCCCGACCGUCUUUGAGAAUUACAUCACACACGUCGAACACAAACCUUCAGGGAAGGGCGUCGAGCUCGCACUCUGGGACACGGCCGGACAAGAAGAAUACGACCGUCUUCGACCACUCUCAUAUCCCGAGACCGAUCUCCUAUUCGUCUGUUUCGCAAUCGACUGUCCCAACUCGCUCGAGAACGUCCUCGACAAGUGGGCUCCCGAAGUGACCCACUUCUGCCCCUCGACGCCCAUCAUCCUCUGCGGCUUGAAAUCCGACCUCCGCGACAAACGCUCCUGCAUCGAUCUGCUCAAGACACAAGGCCUCACCCCCGUGACCACGGCCCAGGGUCUCUCCGUCGCCAAAAAGAUGAAAGCCAUGUACAUGGAAUGUUCAUCCAAGGAGCAGAAAGGCGUGCACGAGAUCUUUGAUCGCGCGAUCGAUAUCGCGGUGAGGGGAUCGGAGGACGUUGUUGGGGAGUUAUUGAACGGGGGAGGAGGAGAUGGUGCGAAGGAUGUCGUGGGUGGGAUGCCCGCGAAGAGGAGGAAGAGGAGCAAUUGCAAGAUCCUUUAGAUGUUUUCUUUCUGAGGGAUUUGUUGUGUGGCACUCUUUUUUUCUCUCUUUGCGAUUGGCUGGAGUUGUUCAAUCAUUUCGUCGCCUUCGCGGUUCACAUUUGUUGUGAGAGCACUAUUCGCCGAAUCGAGUGCGAUGGUGACGAUGACGACUGCUGCAACCAUACCCGGCGAUGUCUGCCGUACAUUCUUGGGAGUCGCUCCGUGUGGAGUUCUCAUUUUUCCAUUGACUCAUUGGCGCAAAGAAACUUUCGGGAAGUUGGGAAAUCAUGGGACAAAUCAGGCGUUCUUUUUGCGGCUGGAGGGACGACGGAUGCGUUUAUGCUCAUGGGAGACGCGUACUGGCUGGCCGGGAGCCUUCUUGUAUGCAGGUGUGUUUCUUUUUACUCAAACGCCGCCAGGAAAAAGAUAAUGAGAACGAAAUUUACUUUCAUGAUAUUGGUAUCGAAUAGAAAAACUCCGGAAUCCU